GGGAGCGGCGGGAGCAGCUGCGAUUGGGAACUCGAAGCUGGUGGCCUGUCCGGACGGAGCCAAGUUGCCCCGCCCUUCUGUGCAGCAGGUGGGAAGUGCCAGAGGCAUGUCCCCUAAAGGACGGGCAGCUGCUGCCCAACCCCGAGAGAGGAGGCGGUGGAAUGUCCCACCCUCCCGGCUCUCCUGGAGCAGGAGAUGCUGACAUAGGAGAUACAACCCACAGUGAUCAUAAUGCGCCUCUGCUGAUUGAUCAGGCUUCCUAGAUGUGUUAGUUGCUAUGGGAGAUUGGAGCAGCGUAACAGUGGCAGAGCUGUCCUCAGAUAAUAAUAUCACUUGGUAUACCUCAGCCAGAAAUAUGUCUCCCUCGAGUUUAAGUGUGCCUCAAGUGCAAAACUCAACACUGCCUCUGCCUAAAAGCAUGCACAGCUUUUUCAGUGCCUUCUGCACAGAAGAGAAUAUUGAACAGAGCCUCUCCUAUCUUAACAAGGAAUUGACCACGCUUGGCUUCCCAUCACUUUAUGCUGACUCCAGAGGCAAAGAAUUAAGCAUAGUUUCUGUCUUAAACUGUAUGAAUGAGCUACUGGUGCUGCAACGUAAAACUCUACGUGCUCAGGAAGAAACAGAAACCCAGCAUCUAAAACUGGGCAGUGAUAUGGACCAUCUGCAAAACUGCUACAUUAAGUUAAAGGAGCAGCUGGAAUCUUCUAGAAGAGAAACUGUUGGACUUCAGGAAAGGGAUAGGCAACUUCAGUGUAAGAACAGGAAUCUUCACCAGUUACUGAAGAAUGAGAAAGAUGAGAUCCAGAAGCUACAGAAUAUUGUUGCAAGUCGAGCAUCCCAAUAUAACCAUGAUAUGAAGAGGAAAGAACGAGAAUACAACAAACUGAAAGAGCGCUUUCAUCAACUCCUUAUGAAUAAAAAGGACAAAAAAAUGGCUAUGGAUAUUUUAAAUUACGUCGGCAGAAUUGAUGGCAAGAGAGGUGCAUGGAGAACUGGGAAAACUGAAGCUAAAAAUGAAGAAGAAAUGUUCAAAACUCUCUUAAAUGAGUAUGAACAGCGCCAAAAACAGCUGCUAAUUGAAAAUGCUGAACUGAAAAAGUUACUUCAACAAAUGAAGAAGGAGAUAGUUUCUUUGCUUCCAUCGCAGAAGCAGAUGCCUAAAGAGAAGACUGAAGAUAGCAGUGGGCCUGUGCUGUCAGACUUGGAGGAAGAUUCUGGAGAAGCAAAUAAAGAGAACAUGUGGGAACUUUCUUGUGAAACGGUGCGUGAACAGCUUGCUAAUAGCAUUCGAAAACAGUGGAGAAUGCUGAAAAAUCAUGUCGAAAACCUGGAUAACCAAGUAUUGCAUGUGUAUUCUGGCUCUCUGAAUGACAAAGAUACAAUCUCAAGACACGACCAUGAACUGGAAGUUGAAGGGCUGCAGCUGGAAAUUCAGCAGUACAAGGAGAUGAUAAAAACUCAACAGCAGCUUUUGCAGCAGCAGCUAACUUCUCCGUGUGAUGAUGAUACCAAUAUGUUGCUACAGGAUUGUUACUUGCUGGAAGAAAAAGAGAGACUCAAGGAAGAGUGGAGACUAUUCAGAGAACAAAAGAAGAACUUUGAGAGAGAGCGCAAAAGUUUUACGGAAGCAGCUAUUAGAUUAGGACUGGAGAGGAAGGCAUUUGAGGAAGACCGUGGAGUUUGGCUGAAGCAACAGUUCUUAAAUAUGACUUCUGAUCAAAAUAAGGCUGACCGGAUGAAAGCUCAGAAUGCUUUCCUGGGAAGUUCCGAAUCAGAUAAUCCAUUAAGAAAUGUCAGGUCACACCAAAAGAAAUCAAAUCACUUGUCCACUGUAUCCAGAUUUUCAGAUGUUUAUCAAACAACUCAGCAUAUUCUUGAGAAUCGCUUGAGUACUUUUCUGGAUAAAACACCUGAAGUCCAAAAGCCCAGCCAGAUUAAAAGAGAGCCAUUAAUGCUACAAAUUAAGGAAGCCAGCCCUGUGGCAGAAGACAAUGAGAACAAUGUACAUGGGCUACCAUCAGCAGAUUUAUGCACAGAGCACAUCAUUAACUCAUCUUAGCUUUUUGAACAUUCUUGCUCUUUUUCUUAAGCAGUUUCAUCCAUAAAUUUUUUGAGUUUCACAAAAUGGGAAAUUCAUGAGUGGAAUUGACGGUGAUAUCCAUUCUGCUUUAUGCGUGGCUUUAUAAGAUUCCCUCUCCGCCCCAAAAAACUUCCUAUAUUUUCCUUCUAGAAAGAGAGUCUGUGCCCUUCUCUCGGUAUAAAUAGUAAAUCUUUAUUCAGAUUUAUGUAUAUUCUUACGACAGAUGAAAUGGUUCUUUAAUUGAAGGAAUGUGUGAUUUUUUUAAAAAGAUGAAAUGCUUCAGCAUUUGUAUGUUUUCCUGCAAGCAAAAGUAGCACUUUUAGCCCUCAAUUAGGUUAUGAUGAACUGUAUCUCAAGGGUGAUAGGCAUUGAAACUUGUUCCCCUUAACUUGAAUGUAUAGUAUAUUAUAGAGUAACAUGGCAGGUUCUAUAUUUAUUGUGUAAUUUUGGAUUACCUCUUUUCAUAUAUUUUAAACAAAAAGCAGGGCCUUAACUUUCAAAUGGAUAAGAGAUAAAGCAUUAUGUGGCAAUGCCAUAAAAUGUAUGAUGCCCUAUACUCCCAAAACCAUAGUAUUUUACAUGCCAACUGUAACUGUUUUUUUUUUAACAAUGCUUAUGAAUGAGGUUUUUUUUAAAGAUCAUUUCAGGAAAAAAUCUUUUAAAAUACUGCAACUAAGAUGAUAUGGAUGAAUGUAUGAGGGGUUGCUUUUUAGGAGGAGGUCCUUAUGAUUUGGAUACUGUACAGUGAGUCAGAGGUAAACAUUGUACCUCUAGUUUGCCAAAGUGUUCUACCUGCCCUUUGGAAUUCAGCAAACAAACAGUUCUGUCAUGUUCCAGAUGUAAGAAUGGUCGAUCUGUCUAUGCUUGAAGAGCCAGUCUAUAUUUAUUAGAAUGGAGAUAAUGCCAGAUGAUUCAGAAGAGGGAUUGCAAUAUUUUUCCACUGCACAGUCUGAAUAUAGCUGAUGCAUGCUUCAACUCCACAAAUCAGUAGUCUUGGACUCCCUCUGAAAGUGUCCCAAUUUUUAAAAGGAAAUAAAUGUUACAAUGUA